AAAAUCCGAAGCAAAGACACAGUGGAGAGAUCCACGUGGAUGACCUGGAAAUCCGCAGUAUAAAAAUUUGGAGAAAAAAAAAUGGUGAAAUUUUUGCAAAAAAAAAAACUCUUAUAAAUUUGUUGUGAACGUGUUACUCACAGAAUUCUCGCCUUCACCGAAAAAGUCCUGGCGCGUAACAAACUCGUAACUUUUGCACUGCCAUAACUCACCCUUUUCUCUCGCUAUUAAGUUUACUCAUUCUCUUGUAUUCUUCUGUGUGUGUGUUUUUUUUUUCUCUCCUGUGAAACACUUUCGUUAUGGCAACUAUUAUGGUUAGCGGUGGUGCCGGGUACAUUGGCAGCCACACCGUCCUCCAGCUCCUCCACGCCGGUUACAAAGUAUUGGCCGUCGACAACUUCGACAACUCCUCCCCAGUCGCCGUAUCCAGAGUCAAGGAGCUCGCCGGAAAUUUGGCAAAGAACUUUUCCUUUGUCGAGUUAGACUUGCGGAACAAAGAUGCGCUGGAUAAAGUUUUUGCAAAACAAAAGUUUGAUGCUGUCAUACAUUUUGCUGGGCUGAAAGCAGUCGGUGAAAGUGUGCACAAACCACUAAUAUACUUUGACAACAACUUGAUUGGGACAAUAAUUCUAUUUCAAGUCAUGGCUGCCCAUGGAUGCAAGAAGCUUGUGUUCUCAUCUUCAGCAACUGUAUAUGGCUGGCCAAAGGAGGUUCCAUGUACCGAAGAAUUCCCUUUGAAAACGACAAACCCAUAUGGAAGGACCAAGCUUAUCAUCGAAGAGAUGUGUCGUGAUCUCCACGGUUCGGAUUCAGAUUGGAAAAUUAUACUGUUGAGAUACUUUAAUCCAGUUGGUGCGCAUCCUAGUGGUUUUAUUGGUGAGGACCCUCGUGGAAUUCCGAACAAUCUCAUGCCCUUUGUUCAACAAGUGGCAGUUGGCAGACUCCCUGCACUGACAGUUUUUGGAAACGAUUAUAAAACAUGUGACGGCACUGGAGUUCGCGAUUUCAUUCAUGUUGUUGACUUAGCAGAUGGGCACAUUGCUGCUUUGCGUAAACUGGAUGAUCCUAAAAUAGGUUGUGAAGUUUAUAACUUGGGAACAGGAAAAGGAACAUCAGUUUUGGAGAUGGUAAAGGCUUUUGAAAAGGCCUCUGGAAAGAAAAUUCCACUUUCAAUGGGUGAUCGUAGACCUGGAGAUGCUGAAAUUGUUUAUGCUUCAACGAACAAAGCGGAAAAAGAACUUAAUUGGAAGGCUAAACACGACAUCCAUGAUAUGUGUCGGGAUCAAUGGAACUGGGCUAGCAAAAACCCUUAUGGCUAUGGUAAAUCUGGAGAUUCCUCUAAGUGAUGUUUUGAUUUUUAGAUUAAGUAUAGAUGUUUUCUUUUGGGGUCUUUUUGAACCGUUACCUUUAGCCCUUCUAAGAUAGGAAAUCCUUUCUUAAUUAUCAAUUUCAAUAAUGUGAUAAUAAGUAGUGGUUUAGUUUUAUUCUCUAGUUAUCACAAUUUCAAUAAUGUGGUAAUAAGUAGUGGUUUAGUUUUACUCUAGUUAUUCUUUUCGGUUCCGGCUUCCAGUUAGUUGUUGAAUGAGGAUUUUCAUGAUCUUCAAGAACGUAUUUAUAAAUCUAAACCACACAUCAUAGAUUCUUACUUAGCAAUAUAUGUUUCGAUUUUCAUGUUU